UCUCAUGACAGCAACGGUGUGCUUGGCCUAGCAAUCGGCAGCUCAGGACAAGCUCAUGUCGAUUUGGAAGAGGGCCUUACGAAUGCCGGCAUUGAUGAGGGCCAGGGAGAUAAUAUGAGUAUUCUGAACGCCAGCAUGGACAGACCACUUCAUGAGAGCUCCAGUCAUCUCUCUCAGAAGACCAGCAGCUCAAUACAGAGUCAUGCGCAUGAAGAGAUGCAACCCAGCAGGCCAAAUGUGCCCCCGGGCUCAGCCGGAGAUUUUUUUCCCGGCCAGCCGAGUUACCAGACCCAACAGAUGGGCGCAGGUAACACUUUAUCGAUCAAUCACCAGGAUCUGAACGAUCAGUUGGAGGUAGAGUUUAUCUUCUCCGAAUUGAUGGUGAACCAGUCGAUCCAUACCAUUGAGUACUGCCUAGGCUGUGUUUCAAAUACGGCUUCCUAUUUGCGUCUUUGGGCUCUGAGCCUCGCUCACGCUCCCGUUCCUGCAGCAAUUAUUCCUUUUCUUUAA